GUAGAAAAGGAGGCCACAAAGGCCGAGCAAGACAGUACACAAGUCCUGAAGAGAUUGAUGCCCAGCUCCAAGCAGAAAAGCAAAAGGCAAGGGAAGAAGAGGAGCAAGAAGAAGGAGGUGAAGGAGCAACGGGGGACCCCAAAAAGGAAAAGAAGUCUUUAGAUUCAGAUGAGAGUGAUGAAGAUGACGAGGAUUAUCAGCAAAAGCGCAAAGGAGUGGAAGGGUUGAUAGACAUAGAGAAUCCCAAUCGUGUAAUUCAAACAACCAAAAAAGUAACUCAGCUGGACCUGGAUGGACCUAAGGAACUCUCACGACGAGAGCGAGAGGAAAUAGAGAAACAAAAGGCAAAAGAAAGAUACAUGAAAAUGCACCUAGCCGGUAAAACAGAACAAGCGAAGGCAGAUCUCGCCCGACUAGCCAUCAUUCGGAAGCAAAGGGAAGAAGCUGCCAGAAAGAAAGAAGAAGAAAGAAAAGCAAAAGACGAAGCGGCCAUGGCAGGUAAAAGACUGCAGUCACUAUCCCUUAACAAGUAAGCACAGGACAUGCAAGAGGAGGAAACGCCAGGGAACUGUGCCUGGUGCCUGCCAGGAACUCUGUCAUGUUGCGUACCAUCGAUGCCACGUAGGGUGUACUGUGGCAUCGAAGUUACCUUCACCUCCAAGAGACGCUGACGAUGUGUUUGUCCUCAUCCUGGCACAGAUUUCCAUUUGGGGUUAGGGGCAGCUGCUAUCUUCGGUGCAGAACUGUGCUGAACAGCAAUUCUCUGUAACAGUUUGGAAACCUGAAUGUUUUUGCUGUUUUUAGGAUUUAAGAACUCAUAGACAGGGGGCAGGGUGGGAGGGAGCUGUGCGGGAGGGGAGAUGCUUCAAAUAUUAGAUUGCAAGAAAAUAGAUUAUGGGGUCAUUGUAGGGUGGGGCAUGGGGUGGGGAAUUUUGACUUGCUAGUGAAAGUCCAAAAGAUAAUGUAUCUAAGGAAUCCUUUUGGGCAAGUGGCCCGUCAAAUUUUGCUGCAGGGUGUUGCAGUAUAAGCUGGGAGCCUGACUUCAUGGACAUCUGGAGUGCCGUUCCUUCCCGGUUUCAUCCAUCCUUUCUUGCAACCGGUCUCCCCUUUUCCCUCCUCUUCAUUUUUUUUCUUUCUUCCCCUUCUCCUUUUAGGGAUAGUGCCAGUUUUUAACCACAUCAUCCUUUGUUUAAAGGACAAAAAACAAAUUACAUUAAUUGUAUCAGACCCAGAUGG